UUGAGAUUUGACAUUGACAGAUCCGCUGAUGUGUUUAUAAAUCGUGUCAAUAUUCCGAAAAUUUGAAGAAGUAUAGAAAAAAUAAAACAAAUUAAAAAUGCCUUUAAGAUUAGAUAUUAAGAGAAGACUAACAGCUCGAUCAGACAGAGUAAAAUGUGUGGAUUUACAUCCAACAGAGCCAUGGAUGCUCUGUUCUUUAUACAGCGGCAACAUAAACGUUUGGAAUCACGAAAGCCAGCAGUUAGUUAAAACUUUUGAAGUAUGUGAUCUUCCUGUUAGAGCUGCUAAGUUUGUGCCCAGAAAAAACUGGAUUGUCAGUGGUUCAGAUGAUACUCAAAUUAGAGUCUUUAAUUAUAACACAUUGGAUAGGGUGCAUGCUUUUGAAGCUCACUCUGAUUACCUCAGAUGUAUUGUAGUUCAUCCUACACAGCCCUACAUAUUGACAAGUAGUGAUGAUAUGCUUAUAAAAUUGUGGAAUUGGGAGAAAGCCUGGGCAUGUCAGCAGACCUUUGAGGGCCAUUCCCAUUACAUCAUGCAAAUUGCAAUUAAUCCUAAAGAUAAUAACACAUUUGCUAGUGCAUCACUUGAUAGAACUCUGAAGGUGUGGCAAUUGGGUGCAUCCACAGCCAAUUUCACUUUGGAAGGACAUGAAAAAGGUGUCAAUUGUGUGGAUUAUUACCAUGGGGGUGACAAACCUUAUCUUAUUUCUGGAGCUGAUGACCGUUUAGUUAAAAUUUGGGAUUACCAGAACAAAACCUGUGUGCAAACUCUAGAGGGACACACUUUAAAUGUAUCUGCUGUGUGUUUCCAUCCAGAAUUACCAGUUGUAUUAACAGGAAGUGAAGAUGGCACAGUUAGAGUAUGGCAUGCCAACACAAACAGAUUGGAAAGCAGUCUAAACUAUGGAUUUGAGAGAGUGUGGGCCAUUGCCUGUCUCAAGGGAUCCAACAAUGUAGCCUUGGGUUAUGAUGAAGGCAGUAUUUUAGUAAAAGUGGGCAGGGAGGAACCAGCAGUCAGUAUGGAUGCCAGUGGUGGAAAGAUCAUAUGGGCCAAACACUCUGAACUACAGCAAGCCAAUUUGAAAGCUCUGCCUGAAGGUGCCGAAAUCCGAGACGGCGAAAGACUUCCGGUCGCCGUUAAGGACAUGGGAGCAUGUGAAAUCUAUCCGCAAACAAUCCAACACAAUCCCAACGGCAGGUUCGUCGUUGUAUGCGGUGACGGCGAGUACAUAAUCUACACCGCAAUGGCGUUGCGUAACAAGGCCUUCGGUAGCGCACAAGAAUUUGUUUGGGCCCAAGACUCCAGUGAGUAUGCCAUCAGAGAGUCCGGGUCGACGGUGAAGAUCUUCAAGAACUUCAAGGAGAAGAAGAGCUUCAAGUCCGACUUUGGGGCUGAAGGAAUAUUCGGCGGAUUUUUGUUGGGUGUCAAGUCGGUGUCUGGGUUGAGUUUUUAUGAUUGGGACUCAUUGGAAUUGAUCAGGAGGAUUGAGAUUCAACCUAGAGCUGUUUAUUGGUCGGACAGCGGUAAAUUGGUUUGUUUGGCUACUGAAGAUAGCUAUUACAUUCUUUCUUACGAUUCUGACCAGGUGCAGAUUGCAAAAGAUAACAAUCAGGUAGCAGAAGAUGGAGUUGAAACAGCAUUUGAUGUCUUGGGUGAAGUCAAUGAAUCUGUCAGAACUGGUCUAUGGGUUGGUGACUGCUUUAUAUACACCAACGCUGUAAAUCGUAUUAACUAUUUUGUUGGUGGCGAAUUGGUCACUAUUGCGCAUUUAGAUAGACCCUUGUACGUACUCGGUUAUGUGCCGAAAGACGACAGACUAUAUUUGGUUGACAAAGAGUUGGGUGUGGUCAGCUACCAACUCCUCCUUUCUGUACUUGAGUACCAAACUGCCGUAAUGCGAAGGGACUUUGUCACUGCUGACAGAGUGUUGCCUUCAAUUCCCAAAGAACACAGAACACGCGUUGCUCAUUUCUUGGAGAAACAAGGCUUCAAACAACAGGCUCUAGCCGUCAGCACUGACCCAGAACAUCGUUUCGAGCUAGCUGUUGCUUUGGAAGAUUUAAAUACUGCUCGAAUUUUGGCACAAGAGGCUAAUAACCCACAAAAAUGGAGUCAAUUAGGGGAACUUGCUGCUUCUACAAACAACUUGCAACUAGCUAAAGAAUGUAUGAAAAAGGCACAAGAUUUUGGUGGCCUACUUCUACUAUCCACCAGUUCUGGUGAUGCGGAGUUGGUCAAGACUUUAGGAGAAAGCACACAUGAAGAAGGCAAAUAUAAUUUGUCUUUCUUGUCGUUCUUCCUUUUGGGUGACUUAAGAAAAUGUUUGGACAUUCUGAUAUCUACUGGUAGGUUGCCUGAGGCAGCAUUCUUUGCCAGAUCAUACCUUCCCGAUAAAAUCUCGGAAGUAGUACAGUUGUGGAGAGAGAAGUUAUCACAAACUAAUGAAAAAGCCGGACAAAGCCUGGCCGAUCCUAAAGACUACGAGAAUUUAUUCCCAGGAUUGCAAGAAGCAAUUGAAGCACAAAAACACUAUGAGAGAACUGCACGACCUGUUCCUGCCUGCAAAGCGCAGAGCGUGAAACCAAAUUUAGAAAGGAACCUUUUAGAUGAGGCAUUGUCCAACUUAAUUCCUUCAAUUGGAGCCAGUUCAUCGCGACCAGACACAACGCUGCCUGUUUCUCAAAUGAACAACCUCAGAAUAGAUCAAGACGAUGACGACCUAGACUUGGAUCUUGAUGGUGUCAACAUUGAUGAUAAUAUUGAUACAUCUGACAUCAACCUAGAUGAUGACCUCUUGGGUGAUGAAAUCAAAUAAUUUCAUAGUAUUACCAUAUAUAUAAUAUUUUGGUUAUUAUUUAAUCAUUCCUACGUGAACUUUUUAAAAAAAGAUGAGGAUUUUAAAGAUUGUAUUGUGUAUUAUAUUAAAUAAUUUAAGUAAAAAACUUUUAUAAUGUUCCCUUAAAUGCCUAAAUAUUCUUUUAAUAAACUAAAGCUAUGAGUAAUGUUACUAAUCUUGUAAAUAAAAAAUAAAUAUUUAA